AUGGCCAGGAGUCAAGAUGGGAUCACUGCCCCCUUUUCAGACCCAGUCUACCUGAAAGCAGCCGUCUUGGAUCCAGCCUUUUCUCUGCUGUGGGUGGAGCCUCAUGUGCUGGUCAAUCGUGACAUCAAGGCAGAGGUGGCACAACAAGUUAAAGAAUUGAUCCUGCAAGAUGCUGCAGAGACUGAACAACCUGUGCUUCUUGGUGAUGAAGAGGACCUUGGUGAAGGAGAAGGGCUGUUUGGUGCAUACCGUAAGAGGCAGAAGAAGGAUGUCGGGACCUCUCCAGCACUACAGCUAAGUCACUACCUAGACAUAGCCGAUGGAGAGAGCGCCCUUUUGUUCUGGACACUAAACAUGAAGACUCUUCCUUCACUCUACCGAGUGGCCAUCAGAGUGUUAGCAGUGCCUGCCUCUAGUGCUCCCGUGGAGCGAGUUUUCAGCCAUGGUGGUGUCAUUCUACGCCCCCAUCGUGCUCAAAUGAGUGACAGACUGUUGGCCAAUUUGAUAUUUUGCAAAUGCAAUGCAGCAUAG